UGUAAGACAAACUGACCUGCAGUUCGUCAAGAGCCGCUGAACGAGGGCUGUCUCUGUUGAUUGCUGUGCCGCCAUCCGGAGUCGGAGCCGACAGAGGACUGGAGGAGGACCACCGAACAGCAUUUGGGAGGACUGACAGAGUCCACAGAGGCCUGACGUGACGAUCUGAGCUGAUAUGUCUCGCUUGACCAUCUCACUACUGGUGGCGUUGGCCGGUCUCGCCAGCAGCGAUACUGGGGCAAAUGAGGAGCUCUACAUCCCCUCUCUGACCAGUCCUAUGCGGCACCUGAUGGUGAGACCGGUGUCCAACCCAUCGGAGCAGAUUAGCGUCAGCAUCGAACUUACUCUGGUUGACGUGGAUUUCCACGAGGCUGACAACACGGCGACGCUGGGUGCCUGGCUGCAUCAUGAGUGGCUCGACAAUCGAUUGGGUUGGAGCGGUGGCAAUGUGACAAGUACGCGCGUAUUUGCGGUCAACAUCUGGAGACCGGACCUGGCCGUCUACGACCGGGUGCCUGUGACGUCCAACUGGUUCUUGUCGAUGCCGGCGAUCGUCCACCAGACCGGCAAAGUGGUGUUCGUGCCGCCGGUGAGCUUCACGGUGCGCUGCCAGCGCCGGCGGACCGACACACAGGACCGCGUCACCUGUCCCUUCAAACUGGGCUCCUGGACGCACAACGUCGAGGAGAUGGAGCUGGUGCUGAAGAGCAAGACCAUCAACACCGACGAGAUGAUCAACAACGGACGCUGGGCGGUCGAGUCGACAUCGCUCGCCUACAAAGAACGGCAGUACGAUUGCUGUGAGGGGAUAUACGGCCACAUCCAGGGCGAGAUUGUUCUGAAGCCUCAGCUCUCUUAGGCCCUAUGUACCAACAUGUAGAAAGGUGAUGGCGCCAGCCGUCUCUGCGUAAUUUCUUCAGACAGUCCAGCGCAGGAUGACUACGUCAGCGGUGUUGUUACGGUUUAAGUAAAUCAGUGUCAGAGGUGAAAAACUUGCUACUCGCCUGCGUGCGUAGGUGACAUAGGAAUAAAGGGACAGAUUCGAGCAUCUCAGUUGAUGCAUUUAAAACAGAUAACUAGGCCGUUUCCGCUAAAAUCCGAGCUGUCUGCCCAUAGGGCCACUAUGGACCACGGCACAAAGAUUUAACAGCGUCAUCUCUUUGAAGACAGCUGGGGCUGAAAAAUCCCGCCGGUGCAACAGCCGACAUGCGUUGUGAAACGCCAUAGACAGCGCAGGAAAAACGGCGAAAGCGGCGACAGCUCGUCCCCGCCCGUCGCCGGUUGAGCGGCAGCGGGGACCGGCGCGGCCUUGGCCGCCGUCGGAGUAGGGAGGGACUGGGCGACUGCCGACUGGGACGGGGGAGGUUACAUCUGAGCCACACCACAACUGGGGCGAAAUCUAUGACCAUCGGUCCCAAAAACUUGGUGGGAGCGUUGAUAAUUGGUUCUGACUAUACUGAGGCAAAGGCAAGUGAAUCACUGACAACUAACGAUCCUUUCGUGAGUUUUGAUUGAAGUCAAAGUGGAUCAGAAAGCCAGGACGAGCUAGGAAGUCGAUCAGACCUAGGUAAGUUAAUUUAUGCAGCGAUAGUGAUUAUUUUUUUUUUGUUGCUCUGCAAAAUGUGGUGAUGCGUUGUAAUGCCCAGAGGACGAAAUUUGAAAGGUCAGUUUCUUUCUAACAUUCUAGCCUCCUUUUCAUUUUUUAGGUCUACAAAGGUGAUGAGAAAACGGCAAACAAUAUGUUACCUACUGUUUCAAGAUGACUUGUAUAAAAGUUGGUGACAGCUAGACAUCGCGUAAUAGGUGACAGCUUUUGAGUUUUAUUCAUCUCUGCUCAGUGUGCGCACCUCUGAGUGUCGAUGCGUUCACUGUAAUAUAAUACAUUUUUAGCGGCUGCCGAACGAA